AUGGCUACUACCACGGUCAGCAUGACAACCGUUCUGGAGCCACUUCCAAUCAAUGCUCUGAGGAAGAGGCCCCGCAAGACGGAGACAGCGGCCCCGAGCGGGAAGAGGUGGCGCAUCCGCGUGGGUGAGCGCGCAAAGAAUAUCCGAAACCCGAUUCGGGAGAUCAUGGAUACGGUGUCGGGCAAGGAGAAUCCAGCGAAAAAGCUACUGUCGCUGGCACAGGGUGAUCCAACCAGCUACCCGCACCUCCGACCUAGCACUGCAAUGGUUGAUGCCCUGCAGACCGCGGUUGGUUCCGGUCAUUUCAACGGAUACCAGCCGAGUCAGGGAAGUUUGGUCUGCAGGGAGGCCGUAGCUCGAAACUUUAGCGCGCCCGGGCGACCAGCUCUUCAGUCGAAGGACGUCUUCAUGACCUUCGGCUGUUCGGAGGCGCUGUCCCACUGUAUCGCUGCCUUGGCUGCACCUGGCAGUAACAUGCUGCUGCCACGGCCUGGUUUUCCACUGUACUCAGUUCUUUGUGAGUACCACGGCGUUGAGGUGCGAUACUAUGACCUUCUCCCUGAUUGCGGAUGGCAGUGCGACAUUGGGGGCAUUGCCAAGCUCGUGGAUGAGAACACUUGCGCCCUUCUUCUGAACAAUCCUUCCAACCCUUGUGGAGCUGUUUUCACCCGCGAGCAUUUGGUGGCAGUGCUGUCCACUGCAGAGGAGCUUGGGCUCCCUGUGAUUGCGGAUGAGGUCUAUGCAGACAUGAGCUUUUCCAGGCCUUUUGUUGCCUGCGCCGCUGCUACAGCCAGCAUCCCCAUCCUCUCGGUUUGUGCGCUCUCGAAGCGAUGGCUCGCUCCAGGUUGGAGAGUGGGUUGGAUCGCUGUGCACGAUGCGGACGGGGCGCUUGCAGCGGCGGGAGUUCCGGAGACGCUUUUGAAGCUGUGCCAGGUAUCAUUGGGUCCAGCAGCGCCGAUUCAGGGCGCGGUGCCCGAGAUCUUCUCGGCGGCCCCCAGCGGCUGCGAAUGGCACACUGACAUCCUGACAGCGCUGGAGGCCUCAGCGCAAUGCUGUAUGCGGCGUUGCCGCUCCAUUCCGGGCUUAGAGGUCGCCUCAGAGGCCCAGGGCGCCAUGUAUAUGAUGGUUCGUUUGAAGCCUAACGCCCUGGACCUCGGCACAGAUGACGUCCUGCUUGCGAGCAAGCUCCUGGAAGAGGAGUCCGUCGCUAUCCUGCCUGGCCAGUGCUUUGCGGCUCCGGGUUUUUUCCGCGUUGUCUUCGCAGCGCCUGAGAAGGUGCUGGAAGAGGCGUGGGACCGCAUUGAGACGUUUUGCCGCCGCCACAGCCUCAAGGCAUCUUGA